CAAUCUUACUCCAUUUAUUUUUCAAUGAAAAAUAUACAUUUUGUUUCUCAUGUGCCCACAUGUUCUGUUUAAUGCUAACCUCAUUUUAUUUAUUUAUUUUUGCAAAUUAAUAGUAGAAUACUGUUAUUAAUUAAUUUUUUCAGCCUUCGUCACUGUUUAUUAAAUCUUGAUAAUGCUUAUUUAUUCCUCCAAAGCCUGAAACUUGGAUAUUGAAACUCAAUUGGGAAUAUAGUAUAAUUGAAAAUCUUAACAUGGUAUUAACUGUUGUUGUGUUUUUUGAACUGGGUUCUGGUUACGAGUGCAUAUAAAAUUAUCCCAAAGCUGCUAGUGGAGUUUCAGUUUAUGGAGAUUAUUCUUUUAUGGUUUUAAUUUCCCUUCCACGCUUUUCAGUUCUACAAUUAAUAAUCUAUUAAGGUCUUCAUACGGGAAAUCUCUAUGAUUUCCAUUUGAAAGUUUUUGUUUUGGGCCUUGACUGGGAAAGGAAUUUUCUGUGAAGCGGGCGCUGGAAUCUUAUGCAUUUUAGUUUUUAACGCAUUAUCCUGUCGUCUUUCUUUUGCUCAUGUUUCAUGAUGUUGAAAAGCAGAUGGUGAUUACUUAUUAGUAGCUCGAAGCAUUUGAAGAUGACAAUUAAACAGAGGCAACAUAUUCAAAACAUUUCAAAACAGAAGAAAGCUUUGGUUUUCAAUGAAAAGAAUGAAAAUUUGGGUGAAGCUGCAGAGGCAAAAUCACUCCAGAUGUCAAAUGUGCAGCAGAAUUUGUGGAAGACCCUGCGGCAUGCUGCUGCCCAUCAGCAGUAUGUUGAUAAGCAUAGCCAAUUUAGUGAACAAUCUAGACAGGUAAGAAAAAUGGAGUAUAAACUAGCAUGCCUGGGUGAAGAUGGGCAAAUAGACAAUGAGCAACUGAAUGAGGAAAGUGCAGUUGAUCAUCUGUUGAUUCUCGCACAGUCUGCUGAACUAAUGCUGGAAUCUGAGGAAAGCUUUGAUGGAUUGCGCAUGAAUGAAAGAAGUCAUGAAGGGUUGCAUAUUAGUCCAAUGGCUCAACAUUCAUUAGAAAAUCUUAGUGAUGCUACAGUUACUGAUCAGAAAUAUCCUGGGAAAAAAAUUGGCGUGAUGCCUGUAAUAGAUCAUGUACGAAAUAAAGAGAAUGGAUUCCGAUGUGAAGGUAAAACUCUCCGUUUAAGUCAAAUUCGACGUCUAGCUCGAUCAAAAAGUAAUAUAUUAGCGCAGCAAAGUAUUGGGGAUUCUACACUUGGGCAAUUGCAAGGAAGAACACGGCUGACUCAAAUUCGACAUCAAGCGCGGUCCAAAAAUCAUUCACAGGUGCAAGAAGGGACAGAAAAGAAAUCAAGUGUGGAUUUACAUAAAAGAAUUGUACGUUUGACCCAUAUACGGAGCCUAGCUCGAUCUAAAAGCAAUUUAGUAGUUCAAAAGGCACUUCAGGACAGCAGGCAUGGGCAUUCUGAUUGUCAAACCUCCGAAGAAGACCGAAGGUUUAGGACCAUUGCAGCAAUAUUUGGAGAAGAAGACAGCUUCCAAGUGGGUCACCAAUUAGGCAAAAAUGAAUGCAAUAACAACACAUACGGAGAAGUUGUCUGAGGUGUGCUGGUUCAUGCGAAAGACUUGUCAUUUUGAAGGACAGGUUGAGGUUUUAUGAAUACAUAUUUAACAGCAUUUCUAUCAUUAUAGUAGUUGAGAAGUUUAUAUUUCAGUUUUUCUAAUAUGUGACCCAAGGGCACACGUUAAUUGAUAUACUUGGAAAAAUUCACUUAUAUAACUAAUGGAUCUAUUUCCAUAACCAUGUAAGAAUGGCUUCUGUAAUUUAAUAUCAUUGGGUAUGGAAAUUAAAUUAUUCCAAUUACCCUUUGGGAACAUGUUCGACAAAACCCUUUGUGUUUAAGUAUUGACAUUCAUGGGUACCAUUUUCAAUC